AUGGCCUUGUUAUGGCACACAUACUCCUCUCUUCACAAGAAAAUUCGUAGAUGCAACAUCGGCAGAGGCACGGCGUUACAAAGACAAGAGAAACCUGUUAAUAUAAUACGCAAGCAGAUUUACGUCUGCCCUAAGUGCGGCAAGGGUUAUACGUUGAAGAUAAAACUCUUGAGACAUCAGAAGUUCGAAUCAUUGUGGCACAAAAGGACUCACGGAUACGACGUCGGCGAUACGCAGUAUCAGCAUCGAGAAAGUACCAUCUACCAAACGCGCGAGAGGACUUACGUAUGCGCGGAUUGCGGCAAAAGUUACGCAGUGAAAAGAUCUCUCUGGAGGCACCGAAAGUUCGAGUGCGUGAACGCAAAGCCAAGGUUCAGUUGUGACAUAUGCUCGUACAAAAGCCCCCACAAGUGGUGCAUGGACAAACACAAGAAGAAGCAUCACAACACCAAUUACAAUCGCUUCCUUAAUUAG